GGAAAGGACCUGUUGCUAGUUCUUUGGUAGCCAUGCUACGACUUUAAGUGCAGGUGACAAAAAAAAAACAAAAAUGGAAAUAUCACCGAGGAAACCGUUAAAACGUGUACAAGAACCCAUUGAUGAAUGGCUACAAAAUGAAGGGUAUUUCAGGAAACAUGCACCCAGAGAUCCAACUUGCUUGUUCAGAGCAGUUAGUGAACAAAUUUAUAUGACACAGCAUUACCACAUUAGAGUCAGAAAAGAAUGUGUGGAAUUCAUGAGGAAAAUGAAACAUUUAUUUAUAGAGAAUGUAACAAUACCAUUUGACGAUUAUAUUGAGCAAAUGGCAUGCUUUACUGAAUGGGGUAGUAUGAAUGAAAUUCAAGCAAUGUCAUUGCUUUACAAGAGAGAAUUUGUUAUAUUUAAUGGGCAGAAACAAAUUAGUCGCAUUGUUACAAACAAUGGAUUCAAAGACAUAAUAUAUUUAUGUCAUACCCCACAGAAACAGUAUGAAAGUAUAUAUACAAGAGAUUUUGUUGCAACUGCUGCUUAUUGUCAAUCUAUUAUUUAUCAAACACUAUACAAGGAUGUCUUUCAAAUGGCUAAUAUAGAGGAUACUGUUCAUAAAAUGUUACAUGAUCGAACAGCUACAUUUAGGCAUGACAAGUUUUUCCUUAAAGGCAAUAUAGAAAUACGAGAUCAAUUAGCUACAGAAAUAUAUAAUAAGAUUGAAAAUGGAAGUGAUGAGGUUGAUGAUGUACAGUCUGUAGUAAAAAGUAUACCACCUUUUCCAUAUAGAAUUGCAAAAGCUCUUGAUCCUAAUAUUUAUCGUAAUACAGACUUUGAUAUAUGGCAUGAAAUUAGGAGAGAAGUGAAAAGUGCUGGAUGGACUAGGCACAAUAGUCAUGAACUUCAAAUUGGUGGCAAAUGUUUGGUACAAAUGGACUUUAAUGAGGAAGAUUUUGACAAAGCCAAUAAUAACAACAUUUAUAUGUCUUCUUUUGAGAAAGAUUCUUGUAGUAAUGAUGCAAAAAUAUUACAAAAAAAAAGCAAGGACAGUGUGUUUUAUUAUGGACACAUUCAAGAAAUGAAUAAAAAUCAAGGACCUGUGUUAGUUUUUAUUGAAGAAUUAGGAGAGAAAAAAAUUGUGCCAUAUUCUGCACUCAAACCACUGCCUUUAAGGAAGAAUAAACAGAACAACUGGUUACCAGUUUGUAAAAAGAAUGUACUUUUAGAUUCGAUUUAUAGAAAUAAAUUUAUUUCUUACUACAGAAAAAUGGAUCAUCAACAAGUAUAUGAAAACUAUCCUGCAGGGAAAUGUCUUAAUUUCUCAGUUAAUAAUUCUGUUGAAGUGUUUCCUGCAGGAAUGAUUCUUGACAAUACUCAGUCUUCUGCAGUGAACACUGUAAGACAGGACAGUAACAAAGAACGUAAAGAAAAAGGUUCAUUUGCAAAUAAAAAUUCCGAAAGUAAUUUGUUGAGAGGUUCAAAGUCUGAUAAUGUAAUGAACAAUGAUAAUAAUGUAGGGUUUAACACGUAUUCUAAACAAAGAAUGGAAAAGGAAAUCUACUAUCCACCAUAUGCUGAAGAUUCUAGUGCGCAAAUGGAUCAUAUGCUACGUUCUAUUAAUUGUUCCGUGCAAAAAAGUAUCGAUAUAAAUGGUAGCGAUUUGCCACUAUCAGAUCCAUUUACCUUGAGAUUCUUUUAUAACUUAGGAUUGGAAUAUUUUCGUGGCAGUGCUAAUUGGAAUUAUUUAACAAAUGGACAAGCGCCUAAUUUUGGACAGUGGUAUCAAGGAAUGCCUUUAAAUACAGAAGAAAUUACAAAUGUUACGAAUGGUAUGAUGCAAGAUUGUACAUUGACACAACAAAAGGAGCAUAACAAUGAUCGAAAAGAAAUUGACGCUCAAGUACCGUGCCAAGAAAAUGGAGAAAAAUGCGUGAACGAUACAAAAGAUGUACAGACUCAGAAAGUGGAAGCACCAAAGGGAGAGGAUGGAAACGACACGUUAUAUCCAUCUCGUGAAAAAGUAAAGGAACCAGAAUCUGCGAAUAAAGACUCUCCUCGUGUAAAUAAAAACAGCUUGGGUUCGCGGUUUAAGAAAAAUUCUGACAAUCGACAUCGAUCCGUUUCACAUUUUUCUAAUCAAUAUCCAAACAGUGGAUCAAGUUCUAUGGUUUCUAAAUUGGAGAAAGAUGUAAAAGGGGAUGGUAUGACUACCCAGCAUUCCUACUCGAUACCUCAGCAGGUACACGUUCCUCCUACAGGUGCAAUAAACUCUUAUCAAGCGUCUUAUAUGCAGCAAAGUACAUAUUCUGGAUUGCCAUAUUACGCGAACGAAGCAGAAACUUUCAUGAAUCCUUAUUAUCCUCCAAGUCCAGGAUUUAUCCCUAUCCCUUGCUUACCACAUUCCGAUAUACCCGAUAGCAGUAGUGUGCAACCGUUCCCACCGCACCUAUGCCCUGGCAUAGAUUAUGCACAAACUUAUUCUGGAUUGUGUCCACCGUAUUUGUGCCCUCCGCCGGCUCCAUUCAAUAUGCCACCGCAAAAUAUACAAGAACAUUGGUAUGCAGUUGCUGGACAACCGCAUUAUAUGCAGUACACGCCUGUGUUGUCCAUGGCUACGGAAACAGCUUGCAAUGGGAUAGCGCAAAACAUUAAUCAGAACCCUUCAUCCUAA